AAUAUAAGUUCGCUCUGUCAUCAGCACUGUUGACGGUCGCCAUAGCCGUCUCCAUCUCUAUCUCUAUCUUCUUGUUUCAAUAUGGCCUUUGGUAUUCUUGAAGACAACAAGUUGGCCCAUGUGCCCGGGACAUCGCUCCUUGACGACGGUGUCCUCAACAGCGAGGGCGUAAACAUCUCAAACAUCUCGGAAGAAUCUGCUGCUCACUUGAAGCAUGCCACUGGCAAAAACAGCCAUAUCAUUCUCAUUCCCCAGCCUUCUGACGAUCCCAAUGAUCCUUUGAACUGGUCCCUGCUCCGCAGAGACUGCCUGUUUGCGAUCCACUCUCUCGGCUACGUCAUCAACGUCGGUGUCUGUGGUCCUAUUCUCUCCGCCGGAACCCUUGUUAUUGCCAAUGAACUCAACGUUACCAUCACCGACGUUGCCUUCUUGACUGGCUACCAGCUCCUUGUCAUCGGCGCCGCCGGUCCUUUCGUUUCUGCGCUUUCCAGAGUCUUUGGAAAGCGUCCCCAGUUCAUUGCUGCAUCUCUCUUCGGUCUAAUUGGUACAAUCAUUUGCUGCACCGCAAACACAUACAAUGUUCUUCUGGCUGGCCGUAUCGUUCAGGGUCUCGGAAACGUUGCUUACGAGAGUAUCGUCAUCUCCGUCAUCGGUGAUCUCUACUGUUUGCACGAACGUGGUCUCCGGCUCGCUGUCUUCAAUUUCUGCUUUGGCGGUGUGAAUCUUUUCACCUCUGUCAUUGCCGGACCAAUUACCACCCGACUAGGCUGGCGCUGGCUAUUCUACAUCGACGUCAUCUUUGUUGCUAUUCAGGCUAUUCUGAUGAUCUUCUUCAGCACCGAGACAACUUAUGUCCGAGACGCAAAGUUUGAUAUCGAUGUCGCCGGCGAGGAACUAUACGACGAUAUCGAAAAAAUUGGCGCUGCACAUGUCGAAAAUCCGGAUAAGCCUGAGAGCGAGCAAACUGAAAAAGCGCUCGACGCAACGACAAUCCCACAGAAGAAGAACUAUCUGCAGACGAUCAAGCCUUACCAUGGACGCGUAUCUAACGAGAAUAUCUUGCGCCUUGUCGUGCGUCCAUUUGCGGUUCUUUCUAACCCAAGUGUUAUCUGGAUUGUCCUUGCGAUGUCAAUUCCUCUCGCUUGGAUUGUGAACAUCAACUAUGCCAUGGCUCAGCUCUAUGGAGUCGAGCCAUACAACAUGGACGCCGAGCAUCUCGGCUAUCUCGCUGCAGGACCCUUCAUCGGCGGUUUCUUAGCAUCUCUCUUCUUCUUCUUUGUGAACGAUCCAAUGACUCUCUGGAUCUCCCGGAAAAACAGAGGCGUGUUCGAGCCCGAAUUCAAGCUACCGCUCGGAGUCGCCAUCGGCUCCGCCUGUCUCACUAUCGGCUGCUUUGGCUACGGUAACGCGUACCGCGACAAGCUCUCCGCCAUCGUCGCCGCCGUCAUGUUUGGCUUUGUGUGUGCCGGAUCGACGUCCAUGGCCAUCACUGCGAGUAAUUACAUGAUUGACGCUUACCGAGAUCUAUCGGUCGAGAUUGUCAUUGCUGCCAUGUCUUUGAAAAAUUUCCUGUUUUACGGCUUUUCAUAUUUCUUCAACAACUGGGUUGCUUCUGCCGGACCCGACGUUGUUUUUGACGUGCUCGGAGGAAUCGCCCUGUUCACCUCGCUUAUUUUGAGUAUCCCGUUUUACAUCUACGGCAAGAGAAUCCGAAGUUGGUGGCAUCGCGCUCAGCUGCUCAAGAGAUUGAAGCUUGCUUGAGUGUUUUAAUUCACUUCACUCCCAGUAACUGAGGGGUUCCGCGUGUCAUAUUAUUUAGUGUUUAUCUUUCCGUAGGCAAUAAAAGGACCUUUAUCAUCU